AUGGGGUUGUUACAGCUAUUCCUGGUUUCCUGCAUAUUCUGCGCGUUCUCAGUGCAAGCUUUUGGGGUCGACCCAGCUCUGCGCGUCAGUGUGUUGGAUGAACUCAAGCCCGGAGAUGGAUUUGAUGGAGUUACUCAGGUCCAAGGCUUCCAUAAAGAGUCAAGAGCAUUCCACUUCCAAGGUUCUUCCAGGGAAGUGAAAGCUCCCGCUGGGGUCUCGGAGCAAAUCGUCCGCAAGCUGAGAGGAAAGAAUGAGUUCACCAUGCUGGUGACCCUCAAGCAAGAGCGCCUCAACUCGGGGGUGAUCCUCUCCAUCCAUCAGUCGGAGAACAGGUACCUGGAGCUGGAAAGCAGUGGCCAGCGCAGUGAGGUGCGCCUCCACUACCGCACCAAAGGCCUCCAGGCCCAUACUGAGGUGUUUCCCUACAGCCUGGCUGACGACCAGUGGCACAAAGUCUCUGUUGCCGUCAGUGCCUCUCAUGUCAUCCUACACGUGGACUGCAAUAGAAUCUACGAGCGGGUGGUGGAGCCCCCUGACAUGGACAUUCCGGAGGACGCCUCCUUCUGGCUCGGUCAGAGAAAUUCCGCUCAUGGAUUCUUUAAGGGGGUGAUGCAGGAUGUUGAAAUUGUGGUAAUGCCACAAGGAUAUAUCUCCCAGUGUCCAGACCUGAACAGAACAUGUCCCACCUGCAAUGAUUUCCACGGACUUGUACAGAAGAUUAUGGAGCUGCAGGAUAUCCUUGCUAAAACAUCCAGUAAGCUGUCCAAGGCCGAGGAGAAGAUGAAUGGGCUGGACGGCUGCUAUUGUGAAAGGACCUGCAGCGUCAAGGGGAUGGUCUACCGGGAGGACGAGGGCUGGACAGAUGGAUGCAGGAACUGCACGUGCAUAAACGGCACGGUGCAGUGCGAGGCCAUCUCCUGCCCUCCUCCUCAGUGCCUGGCGGGCACAUUGCCGGCCUAUAUGAAGGGCGCCUGCUGCAAGAAGUGUCAGCCUGUCUGCCUGUUUGGUGGAAGGGAGCUGGUGGAGGGCGAUCAAAAGGCUGUGCGCGACUCCUCGGGCAGGUGUCUGCUGUUUGAGUGCAAGGACAGGACGAUGCAUCGAGUUGUCCCCAGCGAACCAUGUCCCGAACUACCAUGUCCUGAGUCUGAGCAGAUCUCCUUGAGUGACAGAUGCUGCAAAGUUUGUAGAGGUCAUGACUUCUGCUCAGAGGGCCAUAGCUGCAUGGAGCAUUCCGAUUGCGUCAACCUGGAGGCCGGUGACUGCUGCGUUUGCAAGGACGGAUUCCGACCCCUGCGAGAUGAUAACGCCUACUGUGAAGAUAUUGAUGAGUGUGCUGAAGGGAAGCACUACUGCAGGGAGAAUACCAUGUGUGUUAACACACCCGGCUCCUUCAUGUGCAUCUGCCAUACGGGCUACAUCAGGAUCGAUGACUAUUCCUGCACAGAGCACGACGAGUGCCUCAGUGGGCUUCACGACUGCGACGAGAAUGCUUUGUGCUUCAACAUGGUGGGAGGACACAGCUGCUCGUGCAAGCCGGGCUAUAGCGGCAACGGAACCAUCUGCAAAGCUAUGUGUGAUGGGUUGUGCCAGAAUGGGGGAACGUGCCUCUCACCCAACAACUGUGCCUGCCCGCAAGGAUUUACUGGCAAGAGAUGCGAAACAGAUAUCGACGAGUGUGCGGACGGCUUUAUGGAGUGCGAUAGCAAAUCCACUUGUGUCAACUUGCCCGGCUGGUACCACUGCGAGUGCCGCGAUGGCUACCAUGACAACGGCUUGUUUUCUGCCAACGGAGAGUCGUGCGUCGAUAUCAAUGAGUGCAAGACGGGCAGGAACACGUGUGCCAACGACACGGUUUGCUUCAACCUGGACGGAGGUUACGACUGCCGCUGCCCACACGGCCACAACUGCACCGGCGACUGCAUCCAUGAUGACAAGGUCAAGCACAGCGGGCAGAUUUGGGUGCUAGACAGCGACCGCUGCUCCGUGUGUUCUUGCCAGGCUGGCCAAGUGAUGUGUCGUAGGAUGGUGUGCGACUGCGACAACCCCAACGCCGACCUCUUCUGUUGCCCCGAGUGCGACCCGCGUCUGAGCAGCCAGUGUCUUCACCAAAACGGAGCUCUGACCUUCGGCAGCGGCGACACCUGGGUGGAGAACUGCCAACAGUGCCAGUGCCUGCAGGGGCAGGUGGACUGCUGGCCUCUGCCGUGCCCGCCUGUCGACUGCGAGUUCACGGCCGUGCCCGAGGGCGAGUGCUGCCCACGCUGCGUCAGCGACCCCUGCCAGGCCGACACCAUCCGCAACGACAUCACCAAGACGUGCACCGACGAGCACGGCGUCUCGCGCUUCAGCGGCUCCUCCUGGGUCAAACACGGCACCGAGUGCACCCUGUGCCAGUGCAAGAACGGACACAUCUGUUGCUCAGUGGACCCCAUGUGCCUUUAG